AGCCAUUUUGGCUCAAGGUCCUCAUGUGCUCCACAGCGCAUAGGUUUCCCAUGCGAGCGACCUUCCAGAUACAAUCAAUCGAGCGAUCUGACUGAUUCAGGGCAGCAUGCCAACGAUUGCUCUGCGAUUGGUUGCCUGUGUUGCCCAGCUGUCGAGAAUGGCCGCUGAUGUAACCUGCUUUGCCGGCAAUGGCAAUUUUAUUCAAGACCAGUGGCCUUUCUGUCAGAAGGUGCACGACGAUGUCUUGAUUUAUUAUGGGCCCAGUGCGGAGGGAAGCUUCCUGAAGCUCGGACUUUACGCUGCUGGGCACAGUGGUUGGAGUGCGUUGGCGUUUGCUGGCAACGGCGGCAUGAAAGGGGCCCAGCAAUUUGUAGUGCGGCAGGAAGGCGGCACUUGGAUAGCCGAGGAGCGCUACUCCACAGACUACGCACCUCCACAAAUGCAGGAAACGCAGGACCUGACAUUGAUCUUCGCCAGCGAGGAGAAAGGCGGAACUGCAUGGGGUUUGCUACUGCCUCGGAUCUCCUGCGGUGCUGGCGACAGGUACCCCGUUGAAGAUGUGAGCCGCUGGAUGCACUGGGCACUGGGUAGCUCCCACAGCUUUGCAUACCACAGCAGUAAGCGUGGCCAGUUUCAUGUCAACUUGCUCUCAGGGCCUUCGACGCUUCCGGAUCUGACCAGCUUGGAGGAAGUGGACGUGCUGAUGCCAGAUGUCGACGUGGUGCUCGGGCAGGGAGGCAAUGAUCCUACGAACCCCUAUAUUUGUGGUAUCUUCGAUCUCGCACAACUUUUGCCAGCUAACAGGAGUGUCUUGGAUAAGCACCACGUCGUCAAGUUUGCGCCGAAGUUAUCCGCGAGCAGCGAACAGUAUGUCCAUCACAUGAUAUUGUAUAGUUGUGACAGUGCUGCCAAUGCCUUAUACGAUAAGUAUGUAUCACACAAUCAGGUGAUCGGUGAUUGCGGAAGCAUGCCGCCAGCUUGCAACGCAUUGAAAUGGGCCUGGGCCGUUGGGAGCGAAGACGUUGUAUUCCCUGCAGACGUGGGCAUGCCGUUUGGUCAGAACGUGCGCUGGUUGGCACUGCAGAUGCACUAUCACAACCCGUUGCUGGUCGCAGGCGUCAAGGACAGCAGCGGCGUCAUGAUGAUUUUCAGCGAUUCUCUCCGCACCCACGACGCUGCAGUCUUCACCCUCAACGGGGGCACCAGCCCGAAUCAUCGCAAUCCAUUGCCAGCCGGCCAGGCAGAUAUCACUCUGAGCACCGUUACCGUCCCAGAGCAGUGCACGAACGCUUGGGACGUACCCAGUAUCAACGUGCUGGGUGUGUUUUACCAUGGCCAUCUCGUCGGCAAGAGCUUCGGUAUUGAUAUCACCAGCAGCGCAGACGGAAGCUAUCGUGGGACGCUCCGUCAGGAGAAGAGGUACGAUUUCAACCACCAGAACUUUGAACCGCCCUUGUUGAACACUAUUUCUAGAGGAGACGAGCUAACGUUUACAUGCAAGUAUGAUACGUCCUUGAGAACAGAGUCUACUGAGUUCGGGGAUGCAACGCAAAAUGAGAUGUGCUGGGCUGCCUUCAUGUAUUAUCCUGCUCAGAUGAUGACAGGUGCAAUGAUCGAUAAGGGGAGCGUCCUAACAACCCUUAUGGGGAAAAAAAGUAUACGAUGUGCGGGGGUGGGCCAGCUGUCGUAUACAGCGCCAGUGGUUGCUCCGCCUGCGUGCAUGCAACUGGGCGAUUUGAGUUCAGUUCGCGCCAGCAAUAUUUUAAGCACCAUGACGGCCGACCUCCCGGCGACCUGGAUUCCAAGUACAACAACGACCACGACGACGACGACGACACCAGAUUUGCUGCCCAGUAGCACCAUGACGGCCGACCCCUCGGCUACCUGGAUUUCAAACUAUACAACGACCACGACGAUGAGGACGACACCAGACUUGCGGGCCAGUUUAACGUCGUCAGAGUCGUCACCAGCUCCGACGUGCUCGUGCGUACUUUCUGUGAUCGGCGCGUUUGUUCUGCAUGGCCUUCUACGUGCAUCCACAAUGCAGUUUGCCAUUUGCCAGUAGACGUUAGCCGCUGUGAAUUGUAGCAUUCCUGACUUGGUGCUUGUUCUCGCAUUUGCACUUGGGGUGUGGCUGGGCUGUCGUAACAUACGCUUGAAGACCGCGGCCCACGAGCCACCCAGAACGGACCGCAGACGCCUCAACGGUGUUCCAACGAGCUCCCCAGCAGUGCUUACUAUUAUUGCGGUCCGCGACAGCUACGGAGCCCUGUAGGGGCGACGUGCUGGACAGGACCUCCGACUGCUGGCUCAUGGGCUUCGAGCUCCGCGUCGAGGUCCUCUACUGACAAAUGCUUUCGUUUUCCUCGUGCGCAGUCGUGGUCGCGCAGACCCGUCUGCGUGUUGUUCUGGUGUGCAGGUAGCCGGAUAGCCGGUGCUAAUUUUCUUGCGGCGCACGGACCGCGCACCGCUCGUCGUUUUCAGCGAGCGUUUUCCUGCGAUCCACGUCUGGGCAGCAGCGCAUCCUUAUUGUGGGCGUCCGUUCGUCUCGUGCUCGGCAAGUUCUUUUCCAUUGAUCUGGGCGAACCCACAUUGUUUGCCCGUCUUGCCACUGACGCCAGGUGGCGAGAACACCUUUGAAAUUUCGCACACAUCCCGCGCAUGUUCGCUCCACGGGUUAGAUUUCGUCGGCGCGCAGGUGCGGGGGGUCCUGUCAUAAUGCACCUCGU